AUGGCAGACCACCAACCCGACGACUCCUCAGCCGUCUCCCCUUACCUCUCCACCGAGCGCCCCCUCGACAGCUCCUGGCGCAUCACCCUCUCCACCAAAGUCAUCGCCAUCACCGGCGCAAACCGCGGCAUCGGCCUCGGCAUCGCCCAAGUCGCGCUCGAAAACGACGCCGCAGCCGUCUACUCGCUCGAUCUCGUCUCGCCCUUCCCAGACAACGACAACGGAACCAACCCGGACGACAACGCAGACUACGCCGACUUCCUCGCCCUAGCCAGGAAGCACGACGGACGACUCAAAUUCAUCCACACGGACGUGACAAAGGAAGCCAGCGUGCAGGCUGCGAUGGACGAGAUUGUCGCGCGCGAGGGCACGCUGAAUGGCGUUGUGGCGAAUGCGGGUAUGACGAGGCAUCAGCCUGCGUUUGAGUUUACGGAGGAGCAGAUUAGGGAGAUGUUUGAUCUUAAUGUCUUCGGCGCCUUCCACACCGCGCGCGCAGCCGCCCAAACAUUCCAGCGCCUCCACACAACAGGCAGCAUAGUCUUCACCGCAAGCAUGACCUCCUACCGGCCCAACCGCGCGGCCCCAUCCGCGCCCUACGGAAGCACCAAAGCCGCGAUCCGCAACAUGACGCACACGCUAGCCAUGGAAUGGGCGCCCUACGGCAUCCGGGUCAACAGCGUGUCACCCGGGUUUGUGCGCACGGGCAUGACGUAUUUUGUGGACCGGACGCCGGAUUGGGAGGUCAAGAUGCGGUAUUAUGGCGGGAUGGGCAGGCUGGCUUGGCCGGUGGAGGUUGGGGGUGCGUAUGUGUAUUUGUUGUGUGAUGGGGCGGGGUAUACGACGGGUAUUGAUAUUCCUGUUGCUGGGGUUGUGGGGGCGUGGUGAGUGGGUUUGUGCGUGUGAACGUGUGGGCGCGUGUGUGGUGUGUGUGGUGUGUGUGGAAUGUGCUAUUGAGGGGUGAAAGUGAGUGAGUGAGUGAGUGAGUGAGUGAGUGAGUGAGUGAGUGAGUGAGUGAGUGAGUGAGUGAGUGCGUGCGGGCGUGUGGGGAAAAUGCGUUUAGGUUCGCUCCGGUGGUACGGCAUCGGGGACGCGGAAAUGUUGUGGG